UCAACAGCACUUGGGAUUGAUGCAGCUGCAGUAAAAUCAAAGCAAUUGGCACAAACAACGCACAGCAACAGCAACAACCACAACAAGAACAAUAACAACAAAGUGGCAAAUAGAAAUAGCAAUCGAAAUACAAAAAGAAAUCGAAAUCGAAAUAGAAAAUCGAAAAUUCAAAUGCAAAUAGAAAUUGCGGCGGUCGCAACACAAAAAAAAUAGCCAUAAAAUAGCAACGACAACAAGCGGCAACAGCUGCAGCAAAUAACAAACGUCAGCUGCAAAUCGCAAAAAACAAGCCACAGCAACAACUACAACAACAAUUGAAACAACAACGACAACAAUCAGCAGCAAUAGCAACAAAAUGGAGUGGCAUUUAGGCCCUCUCUUUAUCAUUUUGAUAAUGGCCGCCAAAUGUGGCAGCGGCAAUGGCAUGCCACAGAGUCAGCAACAUCAUGAGUCAAAUUCACAGCUGGAUCCGGAUCCGGAGUUUAUUGGCUUCAUCAACAAUGUCACGUAUCCGGCUGGUCGUGAGGCCGUUCUCGCCUGCUCGGUGCGCAAUCUGGGCAAGAAUAAAGUGGGUUGGCUGCGUGCCUCGGAUCAAACGGUCCUCGCCUUGCAAGGACGCGUCGUUACGCACAACGCCAGGAUCAGUGUCAUGCACCAGGACAUGCACACCUGGAAACUGAAGAUCAGUAAGCUGCGUGAAAGCGAUCGAGGUUGCUACAUGUGCCAGAUCAACACGAGUCCCAUGAAGAAGCAGGUCGGCUGCAUCGAUGUCCAAGUGCCGCCGGACAUCAUUAACGAGGAGUCGUCGGCGGAUUUGGCGGUGCAGGAGGGCGAGGAUGCGACACUCACAUGUAAGGCCACCGGCAAUCCGCAGCCGCGUGUCAUUUGGCGACGCGAGGAUGGCGAAAUGAUUCUCAUACGCAAACCCGGCAGUCGCGAGCUCAUGAAAGUGGAGACAUACAAUGGCUCAUCGCUGCGGCUGCUGCGACUCGAGCGACGUCAGAUGGGCGCCUAUCUCUGCAUAGCCUCCAACGAUGUGCCGCCGGCCGUCAGCAAGCGCGUCUCUCUCAGUGUGCAAUUUGCGCCCAUGGUGCGUGCACCCAGCCAGCUGUUGGGCACACCGCUGGGUUCCGAUGUGCAGCUAGAGUGCCAAGUGGAGGCUUCCCCCUCGCCCGUCUCCUACUGGCUGAAAGGCGCACGCACCUCGAAUGGUUUCGCCAGCGUCUCAACAGCGAGCCUCGAGUCUGGCUCGCCGGGUCCUGAAAUGUUGCUCGAUGGGCCCAAAUAUGGGAUAACGGAGAAGCGCGAUGGCUAUCGCGGCGUCAUGUUGCUUGUGGUGCGUUCCUUUUCAGCCUCCGAUGUGGGCACCUAUCACUGCGUCAGCACAAAUUCGCUGGGUCGUGCCGAGGGCACACUGCGGCUAUACGAAAUCAAGCUACAUCCGGGCGCUUCGUCGAGCAACGAUGAGCAUCUAAAUUACAUAGGCGGUCUCGAGGAAGCGACGCGCAAUCUGGCCGCCAGAAGGGAAGCGACCACGUGGCAGCUUUCGUUGCUGUUGUCGAUGCUGCUGUUGCUGCCACUUCGGUUGCCACCGUGGGACGCGUGAUAUCAAAACUGAGCGAGAGCCGGCAAUCAAGUAUUCCUACAGGUGUUAUCCCUCAGUCUCCCUUGAAAAAACACACACACAAAACAAAAAAUAUAUAAUAACAAUUCUCUCCAGCUUAAGCUCCCGCUCAAGUUUUCCCCUUUUUCCCUAAAAAAAACUUUUGUUGAACCAUAUCGAUGCAAGGUGAAUGCCAAAAAAAGAAAAAGCAAAAAUAUAUAUAUAGUACAUACAAUACAUAUAUCAUUUACAUACGUAUCACGAUCAAUGUUGUUUCCCCUCCGUCGAACGUCGAAAAGAUAUCAAAAAACAAAAACACAAAUCGAAUGCCAAACUGCCCCCAAAAAUAAACAAAAAAAAAAAAACAAAAAAUAUGUCGCAUAAUGUUAAAUUGCAUAUAAUUAAACACGAAAUACUAUAAAAUAGUGCAUAAAUAUAAUUAACGAAAAAUUAUUGAAUAAAUUAUCGCAAAAAA